AUGGAUUUGCAAGCGCUCUCCCCGAGGAUGCUCCUGUGGUUGGUGGUCUCGGGUAUUGUUUUCUCCCGGGAGCUUUGGGUCUGCGCUGGCCUCGAUUAUGAUUACACUUUUGAUGGGAACGAAGAGGACAAAACGGAGCCUAUAGAUUACAAGGACCCGUGUAAAGCUGCUGUGUUUUGGGGUGACAUCGCCUUAGAUGAUGAAGACUUAAAUAUCUUCCACAUAGACAGGACAAUUGACCUGACUCAGAGCCCCUUUGGAAAACUUGGACAUAUCACAGGUGGCUUUGGAGACCAUGGCAUGCCAAAGAAACGAGGGGCACUCUACCAACUGCUAGAGAGGAUCAGAAGGAUUGGCUCUGGCUUGGAACAAAAUAACACCACGAAGGGAAAAGCGCCUCCAAAAUUGUCAGAGCCAAGUGAGAAAAAUCGAGUUCCCAGGGCUGCUACGUCAAGAACGGAAAGGAUAUGGCCUGGGGGUGUCAUUCCUUAUGUCAUAGGAGGAAACUUUACUGGCAGCCAGAGAGCCAUGUUCAAGCAGGCCAUGCGGCACUGGGAAAAGCACACCUGCGUGACUUUCACUGAGAGAAGUGAUGAAGAAAGUUACAUUGUGUUCACCUACAGGCCUUGUGGAUGCUGCUCCUAUGUUGGUCGGCGGGGAAAUGGCCCUCAGGCCAUCUCUAUUGGCAAGAACUGUGACAAGUUUGGAAUUGUUGUUCAUGAACUGGGCCACGUGAUAGGCUUCUGGCAUGAACAUACCCGCCCAGAUCGAGACAACCAUGUCACCAUCAUAAGAGAGAACAUCCAGCCAGGUCAAGAGUACAAUUUUCUAAAGAUGGAGCCUGGAGAAGUGAACUCUCUUGGGGAAAGAUAUGAUUUUGACAGUAUCAUGCACUACGCCAGGAACACCUUCUCAAGGGGGAUGUUUUUAGACACAAUACUCCCUUCCCGUGAUGAUAAUGGCAUCCGUCCUGCAAUUGGACAACGCACCCGGUUAAGCAAAGGAGACAUUGCACAAGCAAGAAAGCUGUAUCGAUGUCCAGCAUGUGGAGAAACCCUACAAGAAUCCAGUGGCAACCUUUCCUCCCCAGGAUUCCCAAAUGGCUACCCUUCCUAUACACACUGCAUCUGGAGAGUGUCUGUGACCCCGGGAGAAAAGAUUGUCUUGAAUUUCACCACCAUGGACCUAUACAAGAGUAGUUUGUGCUGGUAUGAUUACAUUGAAGUAAGAGAUGGUUACUGGAGGAAGUCACCUCUCCUUGGUAGAUUCUGUGGGGACAAAGUGGCUGGAGUUCUUACAUCUACAGACAGCAGAAUGUGGAUUGAGUUCCGUAGCAGCAGUAACUGGGUAGGAAAAGGGUUUGCAGCUGUCUAUGAAGCGAUUUGUGGAGGGGAGAUAAGGAAAAAUGAAGGGCAGAUUCAGUCUCCCAAUUACCCUGAUGACUACAGACCAAUGAAGGAGUGUGUAUGGAAAAUAAUGGUGUCCGAGGGCUACCAUGUUGGACUGACCUUUCAGGCCUUUGAGAUCGAAAGGCAUGACAGCUGUGCCUAUGAUCACCUAGAAGUCCGAGAUGGGCCCAGUGAGGACAGCCCUUUGGUGGGACGGUUCUGCGGUUAUGACAAACCUGAAGAUAUAAGAUCGACUUCCAACACCCUGUGGAUGAAGUUUGUCUCUGAUGGGACUGUGAACAAGGCAGGGUUUGCUGCUAACUUUUUUAAAGAAGAAGACGAGUGUGCCAAACCUGACCGAGGAGGCUGUGAGCAGAGGUGUCUUAACACACUAGGCAGCUACCAGUGUGCCUGUGAGCCUGGCUAUGAACUGGGACCAGACAGAAGAAGCUGUGAAGCUGCUUGUGGAGGCCUUCUUACAAAGCUCAAUGGCACCAUAACCACCCCUGGCUGGCCCAAAGAGUACCCUCCAAACAAAAACUGUGUGUGGCAAGUGAUUGCGCCAAGCCAGUACCGAAUCUCUGUGAAGUUUGAGUUCUUUGAAUUGGAAGGCAAUGAAGUUUGCAAAUAUGAUUACGUGGAGAUCUGGAGUGGUCUUUCCUCUGAGUCUAAGCUGCAUGGAAAGUUCUGUGGCGCUGAUGUCCCUGAAGUGAUCACUUCCCAUUUCAACAACAUGAGGAUUGAAUUCAAGUCAGACAACACUGUAUCCAAGAAGGGCUUCAAAGCACAUUUUUUCUCAGAUAAGGAUGAGUGUUCAAAGGAUAAUGGUGGCUGUCAGCAUGAGUGUGUCAACACAAUGGGAAGCUACACUUGUCAGUGCCGGAAUGGAUUCGUGUUGCAUGAGAACAAGCAUGAUUGCAAGGAAGCCGAGUGUGAACAGAAGAUCCACAGCCCAAGUGGCCUCAUCACCAGUCCCAACUGGCCAGACAAGUAUCCAAGCCGGAAAGAGUGCACGUGGGCGAUCAGUGCCAUUCCUGGCCACCGCAUCAAAUUAGCCUUCAAUGAGUUUGAGGUUGAGCAACAUCAAGAGUGUGCAUAUGAUCACUUGGAAAUUUUUGAUGGAGAAACAGAGAAGUCACCAAUCCUUGGCCGACUAUGUGGCAGCAAGAUACCAGAUCCCCUCAUGGCAACCGGGAAUGAAAUGUUUAUUCGGUUUAUUUCUGAUGCCUCUGUUCAAAGAAAAGGCUUUCAAGCUACACAUUCCACAGAAUGUGGUGGUCGAUUGAAGGCAGAGCCGAAGCCUAGAGACCUGUACUCUCAUGCUCAGUUUGGUGAUAAUAACUACCCAGGACAACUGGACUGUGAAUGGUUGUUGGUGUCAGAACGAGGCUCUCGACUUGAAUUGUCCUUCCAGACUUUUGAAGUAGAAGAAGAAGCCGAUUGUGGCUAUGACUAUGUUGAAGUCUUUGAUGGUCUCAAUUCAAAAGCUGUGGGUCUUGGCAGAUUCUGUGGAUCAGGGCCACCAGAAGAAAUCUAUUCAAUGGGAGAUGCGGCUUUGAUUCAUUUUCACACAGAUGACACUAUCAACAAGAAAGGAUUUUAUAUAAGAUAUAAAAGUAUACGAUACCCGGAAACCAUGCAUGCCUAGAACUAAUGCCAGCCCUCUCUCAGAACAGAAAGGAAUUAUGUAUACAGAAAGAAGACAUUUUUAAAAUUGACAAUAUUAUUACAUUUUUUAUAUAAUGAAUUUGAGCAAAAGAAACCUGCAAGAUUAAAGUUGUCUCUGAAGUGAAAGAGAACUUUCCAGAAAACCUGAUUGGCAUUGCAAGGAUGUUUGAAAGUUAUGCUUCUUCAAGGAAGAUUAACAGCUUGAAAUAGAUGCCGCACAUUUUGGACAGUUCAUUUAAUGAGCUGUGAUUCUCUGGAGUGAUUUCUUGACUACUUUUUCAAGAUCUGGAGAUGAAAAAUGAUCGGACAGAUGAUAGCUUGGAAACCCACUUCUUGGGUGUUAGCAUGUUUGCUUAGACUUUGUAGGUCAGACAUAAUGUAAACCAAAUCCAUGAAAGGUGAUGUGGACUAGUGGUCUUUGGAAGGUGGUUCAUCAUUUAAAUGUAGGUAUGUGUUUGUGUGUAUGUUCACACAUGCAAGUGUGCAUGUAUGUGUGUGUGUGUGUUUGUGUGUGUGUGUGUGUGUGGGUGGGUGUGCGUGUGUAUGCAUGUGUGUUUAGAAACUGGAAUAUUUUAUCUUCAUUACUUUCAAAUGCAGGCCAGCUUAACCUGUUCACACAAAUGAUUUUGUGACCACUUCAUUGUAUCUAUAUCUUGAGAAGUUUGAAAUAUCUAUAGUGUCUACAAUGCAGUUAAUCCCUAGAUAUCAUAUUUAAUUACUGGAAAACACCCAGUUCACUAGUAAACUCAUUUCUCUCUGAGGAAGUGCUGAAUAGUCACACCAAAUCCAAAAAACUCACCAUGUCUUAUAAACCUUUAAGAUAAAAUUCCAACGAGGUGUGUGCAGCCAUCUUCCAAAUGACUACCUGGAUGUUUCUUAUUCCAGUUACUACUGCUGCUGCUAUGGUCCUUCUUUUAUUGUUAAUGUGUUGAUAUGUUAUUAUUAUGGUUAUUGUUAUUGAUGUUGUUACUAUAUUUAAAAAUGAUGGGAUGAAGUGGAAGUAGAGUUUGGGAGAAAUGAAAAUCUCUUGCUUUUUUGUUCUCUUCUUGAAAUUCAGUUUCAAAAAUACAAUAUUGGGUGGCAAAUGAUUUGUUUCUGACAUAUUUCCUAUGGUGCUAUUCCAUAAACAUUAAAACAGCAGUAACAAGUUUCUGACCUUUGAGCCAAAUGCCUGUGUACUAUGAAUGCCUCCUUCUAUGUGGCUCACAAAGGAGACUUGAGACUUUUUAAAUAUUUCAAGAGUGUAUCAUGGCAAGAACAAACUUGCCCCAUGGAAAAACUACUUCCAAUGCCUUAGAAUUCCUGCACAUAAUCAAACAAAUCUGCUUAAAGACAUGCCUCUUGAGAUUCUGACCAUCAUAGCAUAUGUUAAUCAGGAACUCCAAGAAGAAAAUCCAUUUCUAUAACAGACAUUGGAUAUACAGAUACAUAUACAUGUGUACAUCCAAAUCUGCUUUUGUUGUAGAAAUGUAACUUUAGAACAAACUUCUGCUUUAUAGCGCUGUAUGUUUUUAAUAUUAAUGUAUGCAUAUGUGAGACUCUGAGUGAGGGUGUCUGCUAGAAGAUGAAGAGCUAUAGUGGUUGACAAAUUUAUUCUGCGUGCCAAGUUGUCCUAGAACUGUAUUUGAAGUAGUACCGUGCUAAAGUUUCAUGGACAUAUAAUGGAUAAUUCUAAUUACCAUCAAUCAUAUCACAGAAAGGCUCUUUCCCUUAGACAGUCUAUUUUAAAUUUUUAUGUUGAUGUGAGUUGCUGUACAAAGUUUUUUCCCUCUUAAUUGUUCAUGAACACUGAUUGUCUGAAAAAUGAGGUAUAUUUCUUUAUUUUUACAAAAUUAAACUCUACAUCUAGAUAUAACAAUUUUAUUUUUAUCAUUUUCCAUUGAAUAAUCUUCCUCUACUUAUGAAGUGUGAAGUUUAAAUUCAGUUUUGGAACCAGUAUUUGGAUCUCAGUGAGUGUGGCUUUCAAACUGUGUAACUGUUGCCUUUAAUGUAAACAAGCCACUCUGUGGAAAUUAUGUAUUCCGGUAACUUCUUCCAUAUUUUAUCAUUCAUCUCCAGCUAGCCAAGGUACACCCACAUUGAGGGAAAAAAAAAGAAAAAGAUAUCCAUCCAGAAAGUGUUUUGCACUGUUCCAGGCCUUGUGUAGGCAGAAGCUAGCUUCCAAACUCCAUGCAUGCUUCUCUUCAGUGAUACUGAAUUAAACCAUGCAAUGAAAUGAGACCUAGACAUAUCAUGUUGCUUCCCAGGGUAACAGAUGAAGUUAGUUGUAGAAAAUCAGUCUGUGUGCUGUCAAAAUCUGUGUUUAUUUUGCAAAACACAGUAGAUUCCAUUACAAUACAAUUGAACAGUAGAAUUUUUUAAAUGAUGAAAAGUUUCUGCACAAAGCAAAUUCCAGGUUUGAAUCACAGACAGUUAUUAGUUUAUGUGUAAUAUUUUUCUUUCAGCAACAGCAUGAAAAUUGAAAGGUCAACUACACAUAGAUGUCCUUACAUACCAAAAGUAUUACUAAAAAUGGCAACAACCCUAUAGUUUGGGUAGUGAGCUUUUUAUUAAAAUGAAUUCAUUAAAUUAUUUUAAGUGUCACAGUAGGAAAAUGUAGCUAAUUUAGGAAAUAGCCCAGAUACCUCAGUUGAUCUCCUAUUAGGCAACAUGAACUAAGCUUGAGAUAACUAAGAAAUUAUAGAGAGUGGGUAAAAAUAUAUUGUCAUAACUUUGGAUCAUUGAUGAAGUUAAUUCACUUUUUAUUGCACCUUAUUUCAGAAACUACACAGUACCACAUAUUAUUUUUAAAACUACUCAGAAUUUGCCUUAAAUGUGUUGUGAAGUGAAAAUAGAGACACCAUCAUUAUUGUUUUUCUCAUAAGUGUUGUUGUCCUAGGCAUUUUAUUAAAUUAAUUUUGUACAGUAUUUUACAUUUCUACAGUAUGUUGGUUGUGCUUUAUAUUUGCCAAGGUUCUAUAUACUUUAUAAUUCUCACAGUACACAGAAGAAAACUAGCUUUUAUAUAUGAUUUUAUUAUAAGUUUAUUAUAAAGAGAAAUCUAGUUUAAUAAUGAGGCCAUUAGUUCAAAUAACUGUACAAAAACAUUUUAAAAGAAAUAUGUGGAGGAUGAUAAGGUCAGUCAGCAGGAAGCAUUGUUGGACACCAAACCUGAUGAUGGAAGUUGGCUUCUGAAGAUGACUUGGAAGAAGGACAAAAAUCACUCUUGAGGGUUGUCCUCUAACUACAGUGCACAUACUUCAGCAUAGCUGUACCUGUGUGAAGAGGUUAAUGGGACCUGCAUUUGAAAAUAAUGAAGAUAAAAUAUUUCAGUUUCUGAACAACCACACACAGUCACACACACACACACACACACACACACACACACACACACACUCAAAUAUUUUUAAGUCUUUUAAAGAAGUAGACAGAUAAGAACCAGGAGCUCUGUAUCUACACCUCUACUGGCUACUGGCUGACUUUAUGCUGUCCUAGACUAAUUUUAAUGUAGCACUUUGUCACAUUCAAAUUUUGUCCUAAAUGCUUGUUUUUAAAAUAAUGUAUAUGGUUUUAAAGGGUGUUUUAAUUGUGGGAUAUUUACCGUAAACUUCAAAUGUCAAUAUUUUCUGCAAUGUAGAAUUCUCUAUAAUAUUUAAAAAUUUUAUCUUUCAUGAAGUUAAAAUUUACUUUUAAAACCUAUAGUAAAUUUUAUCAUUUCAUUAGAGCUACCUCUAUGUGUUGCAUCAAAAUAAGUUUUUACCAAAAGCAAUUAUGAAAAGAAUUGAAAGCUUUAGUGAUGAUGACUUGAAUUUUCAAAACCUUUGAUUAUGCUUUUAAAAAAUAGCGUGAUUCAGGAAAAACUAUAGGAAAAUGUGCCCCCUUCAAAAUAUUUAUAAACUAAAUUGUGGGAAUGACUUCUAUUUUCCCAGAACAAAUAUAUAACAUAAAUUUACCACAAAGCUGAGGGCUCUGCUAAUAGAUUUUACUGGACCUUUGAAAUGUUUCAAGGCAGGGUAAAUAGUUAUGAAAGAUAUUAACCUUUGGUAUUGGAUUACCAUGGAUAUAUAUAAUUAAGAAACAUAUCUUUAACAUAAAAAGGAAUGAUAGAAAUACUAUCUAUGAUGCAAUGUGACAUAUUGUAGUCUCCAAGCGUUCUUUUAAAUCAUCCUAUCUGCAAUCUACCAUUUACUUUAACAUACAGUAUAUAUAUCCUGAGUUCAUGAUGUCCAUAUCCUAGUUUAGGGGCUAAUACAGGAAAUGCAAAGCAAUCUCAGAGCCGUGCAUAUAAUUCACUAAAUAUAAUAAUUUCUUUACUCCAUAAUUUAAGUAAAAAUGAGCAGAGAACAACAGAAUAUAUACUGACCUUCAACUUUAAAACAUUUGUGGAAAUAAGUUUGAAUUUUAUGUAAAUUGGACAUGCCCCCUGUGCCCAAAUUUUAAGGCAAAAAUCCAACCCCAAAGUUAUUAGUACAGAAAAUGAAACAUGUACCUAGGUGGUCUUUAUGGUGGUGCUAGUGUGCUAGGGUGAAAUAUGAAGGGCGAAAUGUGUUAUCUGUCUCAUUUUUAUGCAAAUGCAAGUCAUGACUUUACUAUUCUCUCUGCCUUCAGGUUGCUUGGCUUGUCUGUAAUAUCUACACAGCUGAAAUGUCCAUUUGUUUACCAUUCUAAAUUUUCAUCUACACUCAACCAAAGCUAACAAUUAACCAUACUGCACCAACAUUCUCUAGUUUAAACAUGUGCUCAGACUUCAUUAUGUUUUGUAAAUCACAUUUUAGUGGCCAUUCUGUAGUGCUUUGCUUGAAGAAUUUCAAAGGAUGAUCAUUUUAGUCAUUAGCUCAAUAACAAAGCUAGGAAUGGAUCUCUCCAAAGCAUUACUAGAACUGUUUUCACCGAGCAACUGUAGAAAACUAAGGAUCAUUUUUAAUAAAAUGAGAAAGUGAA